CCCCACCCACCACCACUCCCCACCACCCACCAAGCGGGGACACCGGCACUUAUUUUUUCUACUUCAAGCACUGGACGUACUGUCAGACACAGCUAAUAAUGGAUUUGGAAGACAUUUAUCAAAAUGUUGAACUCAGAGAUAUUAAGGACACAUUUGGACCUCAAACACAGAAUAAAAGCAAGGAUGAAGGAAAAGAUGAAAAGCGCAGAGGAAGUAGAUGUUUGGUGUUGACGACAGCGUGUCUCGGGCUCAUUUGUGUUCUUCUGCUGGUCUUCAUCAUACUGCAGCACAGCACCAUCACAGCAGAGAGAGACCUGUUAAAGAGUUACAAGAACACAGCUGAAGAAUUCAAUCAGACUAUCAACAGCUUACAGGACAAUUACACUGAUCUAAUGUUUGAAAAAGACCAACUGCAGAACAACUUCACCUCUUUGAGUCAAAAGAAAUUAGAGCUGGAGCUUGAACUAAGGAAGUUAAAUGAACAAGGAUCUUCAGGUCUGGAGUCCAGUAUUAAGAUUGGAGACAAAGUCCGCGUGAAGCCAUCUGUUGUUACUCCAACACACAAAUGGGGAGCAGUCACUCACAAAAGCAUUGGUGUUGUUAAAAAAGUUCAGGGUGACUCUUUGACUAUUGAUUUCCCUGAGCAUAAAAACUGGAAUGGUAUAAUUUCAGAAAUGGAGCUUGUGACCGACACUUGUACAGUUGACAUCCAGGUUGGAGACAGAGUCAGAGUGAAACCUUCCAUAAUUACCCCAAAACAUAAUUGGGGCAGUGCCACAAACAAGAGUGUGGGUGUGGUAAAAGAAGUUCAGGGUGAGUCUUUGACUAUUGAUUUCCCUGAGCAUAAAAACUGGAAAGGUAUAAUUUCAGAAAUGGAGCUUGUGACCGGCACUUGUACAGUUGACAUCCAGGUUGGAGACAGAGUCAGAGUGAAACCUUCCAUAACUACCCCAAAACAUAAGUGGGGCAGUGCCACACACAAGAGUGUGGGUGUGGUAAAAGAAGUUCAGGGUGAGUCUUUGACUAUUGAUUUCCCUGAGCAAAAAAACUGGAAAGGUAUAAUUUCAGAAAUGGAGCUUGUGACCGGCACUUGUACAGUUGACAUCCAGGUUGGAGACAGAGUCAGAGUGAAACCUUCCAUAACUAGCCCAAAACAUGGUUGGGGCAGUGCCACGCACAAGAGUGUGGGUGUGGUAAAAGAUAUCAAUGUGAUUGUGGAUUUCCCGGAACACAAAGGCUGGACAGGGAUUUUCUCUGAAAUGGAAUUGACAGAUGAUUCAGGCUGACGUUUCAGGAUCCUCAUGAUGAUGUGACUGUGGACUUCCCUGCUUUUGCUUUUGCGAUCUGGUCACAAGAAACUUGUGUUUUUUUUGUUUUUUUUUGUAAGUUUGUAGUCAUGUGUCUCUUUCAGAUAAUUCAUUUUUGUUCACAUCUGUCAGAAGAAUAUAUUUUACAUUUCUUUCUUAAGAGGUAGGCUAUAUAACAUUGAUUGUAAAUUAUGAAUUGAAAUUUGUUUCAGCUCAGGGAAUGUGCACAUACAGAAUUUUGUUCAUUUAGUUUUCAUUCAGUUUCAACAAAUAAUUAAUUAUACAUUUAAUAAUAUUAAAAUAAAAUAUAAUUGAUAAUAUAUUUUUUAAUAAUAAAAAUUCCCUGUCAAAAUACCAUAAACAAAUGGAAAUAGUCCUGCUACAUUAGUAGCCUAUUUUUGUCUUUUGAGUGAACUUAAUAAACUGUGCUAAUAUAUUCAA